AUGUUUGGUCCGUUCAAGCCCUCAAAUACUUUGCUUGGUGGUCUUCUUUGGAAGAUCCCCGCAACGAUGUCUCGUCCGCAGAAACAACGACAAAGACAUAGACUUCAAAAUGUGGACGAUGUGCUUCAAAAAGUGAGAUUGGGACUCCAUACAGCUCGUUCGAUGGCCAAGGGUGCGUCUUUCGAGACCGCUGUGAACAGCAGCAAGAUUUUGAAACCGCGUAUCAAACAAUUGCGUGUGCUCAAUAAAAACUCGCUUUUCCCACCGGAGAAACAGAUGUCAUACCGCGACAAAUACACAUAUUUCAACAAACAGGCAAAGCAGUACCGUAAGGGCAUGCAUAUGCUUCCCAAGUGGACCAAAGUAUCACAACGGAGAAAUCCCCGAUUCUUCUGA